AUGUCUUCAUCGCAGGCCACAUUGGGGUAUGUCCGAGAUCCUCAAACUACCUUAGGGAAGUUCUUCGGUGGUCAAAAUAUGAAAAAAUUUCCAGCUAAGCAAUCAAAGUUGUCAUUUUCAUCAAAAGCUACAGCCAAGGAGGAUAAAAGUGAGACAAUCCAACAUGUAGGCAGUGCUCCUGCGUCUUGCACGGGAAAUAACUCAACCGAUCAGAGAGAAACUGAAUUAAAAAAGCGGGCUCGAUCACCUCACCAGGAUUCUGAGAGUUGCAUCAAAGAACUUGAAUCCGACGAUGAAGAGCCCAUAUUAAAACGGAGUCGAACCGCCAAAUUGGAAAAUAGCAAUGGCAAAACUGCUAACCUUGAAUCUAAAACUCUAAUAUAUUCAGAAAUAAAACAAGAGAAAUUUGACGACAGAAGUUGGAAUUCGUCGCCAAGCCCGAAGCACCCCGAGAAUAAGGAGGGACAGAAAAGUGGAGGAGAUGAGGAAAAGCUUCAAGUCGAAUUAAAAUCAGGGAUAAAAUUGUCACCAAAAACCACAGCAUUAGUCUCGCUUCCUUACACUCCUGAGCCUAUUAUUGAUAAAGAAAGUAGUGAUGUCGAGGAAGAAAAGACAUCAAUCGAUACAAAAAUGCUCCAAAAGACUCAAGUAAAGCUUGAGUCUGAUUCUACAAAUCUAUGUCCUGAAUGGAAGCCAGGAGAACCAGUGCCAUACGCUGCACUUUGUGCAACAUUCUCCUUGAUUGAAAUGACGAGCAAAAGACUGUUGAUUGCCUCUUACUGCUCACUAUUCUUACGAAAGGUUCUCAAACUCACGCCUGACGACCUCCUUCCAACUGUACUACUAAUGGUCAACAAACUUGCUGCUGACUACGCGGGAAUUGAACUGGGAAUCGGGGAAUCGUUGAUUAUGAAAGCAAUCGGAGAAUCAACUGGGAGAAGUUUGGCGGUAAUUAAGGAUAGUCAUAAAGAAAUCGGAGACCUUGGACUUGUAGCCGUCCAAAGCAGAGCAAAACAACCUACUAUGUUUGCCCCUAAACCUUUAACAGUUCGCGGUGUCCAUAAGGACCUAGUAUAUAUUGCUACAGUCUCAGGUCAAAGAGCUCAGUCUCGAAAGAUUGAUUACAUCAAAAAACUACUUUCUGCAGCUGAUACCCAAAAUUCUGGUGUAAAAAUUGACAACACCAAAAACAAGGGCGGCUCAAGUGAAGCAAAAUUUAUUGUAAGAUUCCUCGAGGGCAAACUUCGACUAGGGCUAGCUGAGAAAACAGUAUUGAUUUCGCUUGCUCAAGCUUUUAUUUGGCAUGAAGCUGAAAGCAAGGUUUCUGGGAAGCCUCCAGGUUCCGAGGAGAUCGCUAAAGGAGAAGCAAUUCUCAAAACGGUCUACAGUGAAAUCCCCAGCUAUGAAAUAAUUAUUCCCACGAUGAUUAGUCAUGGUAUCCUAAAUCUACGGGAACACUGCCAGCUCCAACCAGGCAUACCCCUGAAACCUAUGUUGGCAAAGCCCACAAAAGCAAUCUCUGAGGUUCUUGAUCGAUUCGAGAAUCAUCUAUUUACUUGCGAAUUCAAAUAUGACGGCGAGAGGGCUCAGAUACAUUAUAUUGCUAAAGAUUCGCCAGUAAAAUACUCAGGACCUGAUUUUGCAGUAUCCAAGACAAAAACUGGUGACCUUGCAGCUAUUUUCUCACGAAAUUCUGAGGAUCUAUCCAAGAAAUAUCCCGAUAUACUUGCCAAACUAGACACAUGGGUCAAACCGGAGACCAGCAGCUUUGUGAUGGACUGCGAAAGUGUAGCUUGGGAUGUCGUGGAGAAAAAAAUUCUUCCAUUCCAACAGCUCAUGACUAGGAAGAAAAAAGACGUAAGGGUUGAAGAUGUCAAAAUAAAAGUGUGCGUAUAUGCAUUUGAUUUACUAUAUCUUAACGGCGAGGCAAUUGUUCACAAGCCACUUCGUGAUCGUCGAAGUCUUCUUCAUACAGCGUUCACUCCUGUGCCGGGUGAGUUUGCCUUUGCCACAGGUAUGGAUGGGAAGGAUAUCGAUGAGAUUCAGAACUUUCUCGAUGAGAGCAUGAAGGCGUCUUGUGAAGGGCUUAUGGUUAAAAUGCUAGAUGGCUCGGAGAGUAGCUAUGAACCCAGUAAGCGAAGUCGAAACUGGCUCAAGAUUAAGAAGGAUUACCUAUCUGGUAUCGGCGACUCUCUUGACUUGGUUGUAUUAGGAGCUUAUUACGGUCGAGGCAAGCGCACAUCAGUAUAUGGUGCGUUUCUUCUUGCUUGCUAUAACUACAAGUCUGAAAGCUAUGAGACUAUCUGUAACAUUGGAACGGGCUUUUCGGAAGCCGUACUAGAAGAACUUUAUUCACAGCUUUCGGCUAUAGUUAUCGAUCACCCAAAACCCUUCUACACACAUGCUACAUCCAAUGCGCACCAACCUGAUGUCUGGUUUGAGCCAAAGUAUGUGUGGGAAGUUAAGACAGCCGAUUUAACGUUAAGUCCACGUUAUAAGGCUGCAUACCAGGAAAGAAGUGAUAAUGAUAAAGGUAUCAGUCUACGAUUUCCUCGAUUCAUCAGAAUCCGCGAGGAUAAGAAGCCUGAAACAGCGACUAAAAGUAGUCAAGUGGCUGAGAUGUAUCGAAAACAGGAAAGCGUCAUGAGGACUAAGGAAGCCGCUGUAGAUGACGGAUACGAAUAUUGA